AUGUAUCAUGAAACAGAAGAAGGUGAUUAUGAACUAAAUCAAUAUUCUCAAGGUGCUAUUGACGAAGAUGAAAGUUAUUUAGCAGCAUUAAAAUUACAAGAAAAAUUUGAUAAUGAACAAAAGCGACAGAAUAAUCAGCAUCGAGUAAGUUAUUUUUGGAAAUACAAGAAAAGUUCUUUACUGACUUUACUUGGAAGGUACAUGAGCAUCGUUUUUUCGUUGACACAUGAGCUUGUCUUUUGUUUGUUAACUCUAUACAUGUGGCUUUUUUGACGCGCAAACUUAUUAGGUUGAGGAAAAAGUUCGUGCGCCGUGUUAAAAUAAUGAUUUUUUAUAUAUUUUUUUUGUGUUUUUGAUCUGGUUUUGUGGCUAUUAUGAAAAUUUAUUGAUUUUUGAGACGCUUGAACCAUUUCUGUGCA